CUAACCCAACAAAACAAAAAACAAAAAAAGAGAACCCGCCCAGACACCGGUACCCCUGCGAGGGCCAGCAGCAGCAGGACAGCACUCUCCAGUCGCAGCCAUGAUGAAAUACGCGGUGCUGGCUGCGCUGAUGACACUGACCGCCGGCCGGCCGGAGCCGGCCGCCGACCUCGACACCCAGCCGUCGCUGGUGCACAAGUCUGUGGACCUCGGCGUCGGACCCUUCCGUUUGUACAGCGGCGUCUACCCGCCCGGCUACGGCUACGGCGCCGGGUACAGGUACGGCGCCGGGUACGGGUACGGGUACCAGUCGCCCGCGUACCAGACCGACUACCAGUACGGGCCGUACCCAUUCCGGUACGGCAUUCACAAGGUGCUGCCCGGCCUCCGCUUCCGUAAGGAGAUCUUCUGAGGGAUCCGGCCUCUGACGUCAUCAGAGCAGCGCCGUCAGACGUCAGCAGAGCGUCCAGCGUCCUGCUGAUACAGAACACAGAGAUGAGAGAGUCCUGUUGAGACAGAGCCACAGAACGCGUACCGCCAGCCGAGCAGCGCCGCACGGCAGUCCGUCUACAUAUGUGCUGUUAUUGAGACAAGUUUGCCACACCGCGCGGCGCGCCACUGGACACUGACAUGUAGGCUGAUUUGGUAAUCAAUAAAUUAAUACCAUCAACAGUG